AAAAUGUCGCUUUCCAUGAAAGAGUUGUCUUCGCUUCUUAAUGUCUUAGAGGAAGAAGGUCUAGGGCAACGUCCAUUUGAAAAUGUUGCAUCAAGCUUUCAUCACAGUUUCAACAAACAAGACCAUUAUCGAGUUGGUUCAUCUCUGGUCCUCCUGCUACAAAAUGAAGAUUUGCUUCCUUCCAGAGAGCAAAAGUUAAUGGCUGUAUUUCUGUUAUAUGAAAUGUAUCGCACGGAACCUAUUCAAGCAAAUCCAUUUGCAUCUGUAUUUGUUCAUUUAUUGCAUCCUCCUGAAGAAGUAAAAUCAAAAACAACUGGCCGAAUGACCAAACGACCAUGGGCUUUGCCACGUUUGACUAACUCUGAAAAAUAUUUUUUAUCUCAGUUAAUAUCAAUGCCAACUAAAGAUCUCUUCAAAAAGACUCCUUUGCAAGUUAUUCAGAUGGAUGUUUCCGAUAUGCAGUCAUUUGAUGUGAGUGGCCUUCAAGUUGCUCUUGCCGAACGUCACUCUGAAAUGUCGCAAACGAGCAAAAGUGGUAUCCCUGUGGUUUUCCCCUAUCCUGAUGAUAAACCAAUUGAACCUAUUGAUAUUAACAAGCUGAAAAGUAUAAGAGAAGCUUUGUUAUGUGGAUCUGAUGCACCUGUACAGUCAUGUUUUAAACCAGAAUGUAUACGACUUGCUCCACCACUGCAUGCUUUUGAUGAUGAACUAGUCUGGAUGAAUCUUACAAAUCCAGCAGAACACAAAGUUGCUUGGGACACAUCCAUGUGUGUAAGCAAUACUGCUGGCGUAGAAGCCAAGCGGUUAAUGGCUAAGGCUUUUAAAUCUUCCCUCAAUCCUGUACAGUUGCAACAGCUAUUAUCUGAAUUAGAAGUAGAUCCUAAAUUGGUUUAUCACAUUGGUCUAACUCCUGCAAAGCUUCCAGACUUAGUUGAACACAAUCCUACUGUUGCUGUUGAUGUUCUAUUGCGUCUGAUUUCGUCUAAUCAAAUAACUGAUUACUUCACAGUUCUUGUAAAUAUGGAAAUGUCUUUACAUUCCAUGGAAGUUGUAAACAGAUUGACAACAGCUGUUGAUUUACCUACUGAAUUUGUGCACUUGUACAUAUCCAACUGCAUCAGUACUUGUGAAACAAUUCGGGACAAAUACAUGCAAAAUAGACUUGUUCGUUUAGUGUGUGUGUUUCUGCAGUCAUUAAUCAGAAAUAAAAUCAUUAAUGUUCAAGACUUAUUUAUUGAAGUGCAAGCCUUCUGUAUAGGAUUCAGUCACAUUAGGGAGGCAGCUGCUCUGUUUCGACUGUUAAGACAAAUAGAUAAUGGUGAACAAAUACCUGGACAGUCUGCUCCGAAUUCUCAAGGAAAUUCAGGAAGAUGAUUAACUAUUUUGUACAUACUGUUAUGUUUUAAUGUGAUGUAAAUAAAUACA